GAUUCAGUUCUAAACGAAAACCUGAGGCGCAAAGUUGUAUUCUCGGUAAAUUGCGAAAAAAAUCGAAACAAAGUUCAAUUCUGCAAAAAACUGAAAAAAAAACUCACAGUCUGCUGGUCAAACUUGCCCGCAAUUAAAAAACAACGAGAUUAGAAAGAAGAGUGCCCACAGUAAUAGGUGUUCUCUGGCAUUAAUUGCACCACCAACAACAACAAUUACCCUUUGUUUGUGAAAGAGAGGAAGAAAAGAAAAAAUAAACUGUGUUAUUGUGUUUAAGUUUAUUUAUAAAUAUACUAGACUUUUAAGUCUAGGCCAGUGGAUUUAUAAUUUUUAAGGCAAUUUAAAGAAGCGGGCUUCAAACACUCGUUUAUUCUAAGAUUAAUACGCAAUGACGCGACCAAAACUCCAAUCAAAAUGUCACGGCUUCGUGGGGGAAAAUCUACUCACCAUACUCACACUGAUUGGUGUGUUUGCUGGCGGUCUGGUGGGUUUUAUCAUCAAAAACUCCACAGGAGAAUGGUCCAAAAGAGAGAUUAUGUACAUAUCAUUUCCUGGUGAAAUAUUUUUGAGAAUGUUAAAAUGUUUGAUUGUCCCUUUGCUGGUGUCUUCUAUCACAAGUGCCAUUGGCGGUCUGGAUUUAAGUAUGUCCAGUAAAAUAGCCACAAGAGCUAUCUGUUAUUACUUUAUUACCACAAUAUCUGCUGUCAUAUUGGGUAUCUGUUUGGUGACAACAAUAAGGCCUGGAGAUGGUGCCCAAAUUGUCACAAGCGCAAUUUCGGAGAAGACAGGUGAAGAAGCCUCAAAGGUCAUGACACCAGACACACUUAUGGAUUUAGUGAGAAACAUGUUCACCGACAACAUUGUGGGCUCAACAUUGCAACAGUACCAAACUAAACUUGAGGAAAACAAAACAGCAACAGAAUCAAUUCCCCUUAAUAUGUGGGCCUUCAAGGAGAGCAAACGUGAUGGCUCCAAUGUAUUGGGUCUUGUUAUGUUCAGCAUUAUUUUGGGCACCACCAUUGGUCGCAUGCGUGAGAAGGGUCAAUUGUUGCAGGAUUUCUUCUCAACAUUGAGUGAAGCCAUGAUGAUCAUUACAUCCUGGGUUAUAUGGAUCUCCCCCUUGGGUGUGGCCUUCUUGAUUGCUGCCAAAAUUAUUGAGAUGGAAUCAUUGGCCUCCACCAUUCAGUCCUUGGGCUGGUAUUUCCUGACAGUAAUGUUGGGUCUGUUAUUGCAUGGUUUUGGUACCAUUGCUGUCAUCUUUUUCUUGGGCACCCGCACCUUGCCUUUCCGCUAUGUAGCCAAACUCUCUCAAGUGCUGGCCACUGCCUUUGGCACCGGUUCCAGUUCAGCCACCAUGCCUUUGACCAUUAAAUGUUUAGAUGGUAUGGGCAUUGAUCCUCGUGUCACACGUUUUGUCAUUCCCGUGGGUGCUACCAUCAACAUGGAUGGCACAGCUUUGUAUGAAGCUGUUGCUGCUCUUUUCAUUGCCCAAUUCAGAAAGGUCGAUUACACUUUUGGCAACAUUGUGGCAGUGAGUAUUACGGCCACAGCAGCUUCAAUUGGUGCUGCAGGUAUUCCACAAGCUGGUCUUGUUACAAUGGUCAUGGUCUUGGAUACAGUGGGCUUGCCAGCCAAGGAUGUUUCACUUAUCAUUGCUGUCGAUUGGCUACUUGAUCGUUUCCGUACCACCAUCAAUGUCAUGUGUGAUGCCUUGGGUACAAUUUUGGUGAACCACUUAUCCAAAAAGGAUUUACAAAGUGCGGAUCGGUUGAACGCCGAACCUCAUGAACUGAUGGAAUUGGGUGCCAAUGGCCAUGAAAAGGAAUAGACAGCCUCCAACUUUUUUUGUAAGGCAGUAUCAGCGUUUAGAAAGGACAUCAUAGCCCAUCUAUUUGUUAACUAAACUUAAGAGCGACGUGCUAACUUUAAUUUUGUACAGACAAAUGAUGUGUUCGCUCCAUUCCAAAAGCACGUCUUCUUGUCUUCUAAAUGUUUGAAAUGAAAAUGCAAAAAAAAAAAACCUAAAAUCCUUAAUUUAGCUACUACGCGAAAUUUGUUGGCCUUUAAAACAACUAAGGCUAGGCCCUCAACUUGGGAAGCAAAGAAAAAAACGCCCAAACAUUGUUCAACGAAUUUUUCCUUCAAAUUUAGUAAAAGCAAUAAGAAAAACCACCAAUUGCGAUCUUAGAAGAAAAAGGCAUUAAUUGUUCUAAACAGGAAAAAUAACAAAAAAAAAUACCAAUAUUUACAAUGUAAAUAUUUUCAUGAAAUAAAUUGAUGAUGGCAAUAGGUAAAAUAAAAUUCAAGUUAAAAAAAAUUAGCAAAUACUUCAUACUAAACAGAAAAAAACGGAAACCAAGAAGAAGGAGCCCCCCACUCCCAAAGCAUUGUUAACAAAAUAUAAGAAAAUUAAAAAAAGGAAAAAUGUUCAAAGACCCAUAGGUGAGAUCUGCUCUCUCCCUCUCUAACAUUUUUUUUAUAAUUAACUCAAAUUACUUUUUAAGUUUAUACAAAAAAAAAAACAAAAAACUCAUGAUCGGUCUAUCCUCAUUGUAUUUUUUUAUAUAUAUAUUUAUAAUAUAUUAUUUGUACACAUUUCGGCCAUAUACAUUGAAAAUAAUUUAAAGAAAAAAAUUAAAAAAAAAGAAAAUUACCCGCUUUAAUGUUCGCGUUCGUUCAUCUUGUACCACCAAAUAAUACAAAAAGUUUAAAUGCAUACUGUAAUCCUUCUCCUUAUUUUGUGUAAAUACUUAAUAGUAUAAGUAUAUCUCUAUUAUAUAUUUAAAACAAAUGAAUAAUUCUAUAUAUACAAUAAAUGACAAUAAAUAAAAGGCAGUUUAUCAAAAACAAACAAACGAAACCAAAAGAAGCAAAAAAAAAAAUAAAUAAAGCUACUAGGAAAGCAAUUAAUUUAUAGGCAAGAAAUGUAAUGGGAGCUUUACACGUACAAAGAAAUUGCAAAAAAAAAUAAUUGGCAACAGUUAAUACACAGAUAUUUCUAUUACGCCAAUGCUUAUUGUGGUUAAAAUAAAUAAAAUAAUAUAAAACUGCGAGUCUUUAAGUGUAAACCUCCCCUGCGAAAUAUUCCAAAUUUUCCAUACUUGCCCUUCUAUUCGCUACCUUGUGUUAUUCCAUAUCGGAUUAACAUUAUACGAUUUGUUAUAAUCAAUUGGUGAUAUUAUCUGAUAAUAAAUUAAUUAAUUAAUUAAACUAUCGAUAUACUCAAGCACACAUAAACACCCAGAAACACAGAAGCAGAGCCACACAUACGUACAUUUACAAUUGUUAUUGAUUGAUAAUAAAAAAAGCCAACAUACAUACGUACAUACAUAUUUUUUGCUAGUUGUGUAGUUUAAAAUAAUAUUGAUAAUAAAAAUAAUGAAAUAUAUGUUCACAGAAAUCUUUAACAAAUAAACUCGUAACAAAAAAAGGAUUUAAUAAAAAAUUA